GAUCCGGCAGCGGCCGCGGAGCAUCAGAGCUGCUUUGCUCUGUGUGUGUCGGGGAGGCGUGCGGCAUGUUGUCACUGAUUCACUGAACGCUGCUCGUUCCCGUGUUGUGUUCUUUUAUUUUUCCUCCCUCUUUUCUACCCAACUACCCAGCAGGAAGGACAAGCUCUCGGGCUCAGACCCAACAUGGGUUAGAAAAGAAGAAGAAAUAAAGCCACCUAUGGAUUAUCCACUUUGUGCACUUCGGCGAGGAUGAUGGAGGAGGAGGAGGGGGGAGGACAUGGACUUGUUUUCGCGGAGACAUCCUGACAAAGACGGGGACUGAGAGGGAGUAGAGAGCCGAUAGGAUCCGCUGCCUCUUCUCUCUCUCUCGCUUUGCAUCUUUUGUUUUUCAUUUUUUUGUUUUUGUUUUAUUUUGUGAUUUCCUCCCCGCGCGUGUGUUCGAGACAGAAAUGUUUGCAGAAUUGCUGUGCGGCGCCGUGGCUCUGGUCCUGUAUGUCAACACUCUGGGCGCCGAUUUCUGCUACGAUGACAGCCGUGCAAUCAAGACCAAUCAGGACCUGCUUCCAGAGACCCCCUGGACAAACAUCUUCUACGAUGACUUCUGGGGCACCUUACUCACACACAGUGGCAGCCACAAGUCCUACCGACCCCUCUGCACCCUCUCAUUCCGCCUUAACCAUGCCGUGGGGGGGCUGGAGCCGUGGGGUUACCACCUGGUGAAUGUGGCCUUCCACGGGGCUGUGACUGGCCUGUUUACCUGCCUGGCUCGCCUGCUGCUGGGAGGAGGGCUGUGGAGCCUGCUGGCCGGCCUGCUCUUCGCCUCUCACCCCAUCCACACUGAGGCGGUGGCCGGCGUGGUCGGGCGGGCCGAUGAAGGCGCUGCCCUGUUCUUCCUGCUGUCCCUGCUGUGUUACAUACGUCACUGCAGGCUGCGGGGUCAGGCGGAGUCGUGGCGAAUCGUGGCCUGGUUGGUGGGUAGCCUGGGCUGCGCUGCCUGCAGCAUGCUGUGGAAGGAGCUGGGAGUGACCGUCCUGGCCGUAUCAGCGUUGUACGAUGUCUGCGUUUUCCACAAGCUCAAACUGAGACAGGUCGUCAUGCUACUAUACAAGAGGAAGAACGUCCACCUGCUGCUGAAUGUGUUCCUGCUGGCAGCCUGGGGAGUCGUCCUGUUGGCCGGCCGCUUCUACUGGAUGGGCAACAAACCGCCAAACUUCUCCAACUCAGACAACCCGGCGGCCGACUCGCCCUCGCUCCUCACUAGGACGCUAACGUUUUUCUACCUGCCUGCCAUUAACUUUUGGCUUCUCCUCUGCCCGGACACGCUGAGUUUCGAUUGGUCGAUGGACGCCUUGCCUCUGAUCAGGAGCCUUGCUGAUUGGAGGAACUUUCACACAGGACUCUUCUACCUGGGGUUGCUGUUGCUGGCUUGGUUCAGCCUGUGGACGCAGCAGGCGGCAAAGGGCAGGGACACCAACGGCAAAGCGCAUCAUUACACCAACGGCAGGAAUGGGAACAGUAAUGGACACAGCUACCAGUGCAACAAUCAUGAACACACUAACAACUCCCACACAGACGCUCAUAAUCAUAGCGCACAAAAUGGUACCAAAAAGCACUAUGAGAGCAGGACUCCACUGCCUACCACUGAAAAUGUUGUGGUGUUCUCGCUCGGCCUCUUGGCCAUCCCUUUUCUCCCUGCCACAAACUUGUUUUUCUACGUGGGGUUUGUGAUAGCAGAGAGGGUCCUGUACAUCCCCAGCAUGGGCUUCUGCCUGCUGGUGGCGGUGGGGGUGAGGUCCCUGUACAUCCGAAUGCGACGCAGGUCCUCCAGGACGAUGCUGGUGUACUUCAGUGCAGCCCUGGUUCUACUUUUUGGUGUCAAAACUGUUCUGAGGAACCGGGACUGGCAGAAUGAAGAGAUGCUCUAUAAGUCAGGGAUUUAUGUCAAUCCUGCUAAAGCAUGGGGCAACCUUGGAAACGUCUUGAAGAGCCAAGGGAAGAUGGAGAAGGCUGAGCAGGCGUACAGAAACGCCCUCUACUACCGCAGCAACAUGGCCGACAUGCUGUACAACCUCGGUUUGCUGCUGCAGGAGAGCAACAAGUUCUCCGAGGCUCUCCACUACUAUAAGCUGGCCAUUGGGAGCCGGCCAACCCUGGCUUCGGCCUACUUGAACACAGGCAUCAUCCUGAUGAAUCAGGCUCGCCUGGAUGAGGCCAAGCGCACCUUUCUGACCUGUGCUGAUAUCCCCGAUGAGAACCUGAAGGACCCUCAUGCCCACAAGAGCUCUGUCACCAGCUGCCUGUACAACCUGGGCAAGCUGCUGCACGAGCAGGGACACCAGGAGGAGGCCCUGUCGGUGUUUAAAGAAGCAAUACAGAAAAUGCCAAGACAAUUUGCACCACAGAGCCUCUACAACAUGAUGGGAGAGGCCUACAUGAGGCUGAACAAGCUGACUGAAGCUGAACACUGGUACAGAGAGUCGCUGCGAGCCAAGCCGGACCAUAUUCCUGCACACCUCACCUACGGCAAACUGCUGGCCAUGACGGGGCAGAAAACAGAAGCGGAGAGGUACUUCCUGAAGGCCAUCCAGCUCGAUCCCACAAAAGGCAACUGCUACAUGCAUUAUGGUCAGUUUUUGUUGGAAGAGUCGCGGCUGCUGGAAGCGGCAGAGAUGGCAAAGAAAGCUGCACGCCUUGACAGUGGGGAGUUUGAUGUGGUCUUCAGCGCAGCCCACAUGCUCAGACAAGCCAGCCUAAAUGAGGCAGCGGAGAAGUAUUACGGACAAGCAGCAAGCCUGAGACCCAAUUACCCCGCUGCCUUGAUGAACCUCGGAGCGAUUCUCCACCUCAACGGGAAACUGCAAGAAGCUGAAGCCAAUUACCUCCGAGCACUUCAACUGAAACCCGAUGACACCAUCACCCAGUCCAAUCUGCGUAAGCUGUGGAACAUUAUGGAGAAACAGGGCCUGAGGACCGCGAGCCCCUGAGCUCACCCAGCCCGCCUGCCUGCCAUCUGCACGCCAGACCCGGGGAAAAAGACAACCUACGUGCUCCUCGCUCGCUCCUCUCGGAGACGGAGGAGACUCAGGGAGGAUGUUGGCUCAGAGAGGCCCUGACUGCACCGCACAGUCCUCCCAAUGACUCCUGAGCUCCACAUACACCUCAGGCCAGCAGCUUUUCCUCACAAGCAUUGCUCACAGUUUGGCAGGCGCUACGUGGUAUUUGGACUCUAGCUUCAAAAUUAGAGCUCACGCAGAAAUCAUGUGUGGAGUUUUUUUUUUCUUUUAUCAUAAAAGCACUUAAACUUGAAGUGAGACCACAGGUACAUGCUUCACCGUUUGUAAUGAACUAGGUUCCCCUCUAAAGGGUGAAACAGUUUCCCAAGUAGUGCAAAGUUAAAUAUAAAAGAGAGAAAAGAGCCUCAGAGUUCCAUCUUGAUAAUGAAGAAAAUAAGGUAAUAUGAAGAGCUUAUCACCUUCUAAAAUCUCCAUAUUAAUCAUGUAAGUCAAGUUUAUAUCACUUAAAUCUCCAGUCUGUUGUUUUUUUCACAUUAAUUAAUUUGCUCAUGAGAUUAAGGAUUAGCACCAUUAUUGCAACCAGCUGUAGCAGACGUCCUGAUAUUCAGUGAAAACCUGAAAAAGGGAAAUUCAGUUUUUUAGCCAUUGUAGCGUAACCCCCAGAAAGGCGGGAUUUUGCCAAAUGCAGCAAUUUUUGGCAGGAAUACUCUAAAAAGUAAAGUAAAUUCACAGUGUAAGGACCUAAAAGGUGCGAAAUCUUCACCACAAAUGUAGCACGCAGGUGGCAUUUUUACCAUUACUGUUCUUAAGAAUGAAGAAUGAGAAGCUAGGAAUAUACAUAUUAAGCUACCGUGUCGUGGAAGUCAAAGGGCAGGUACUGUAGUUUUGGGUCCACCGCCUUCCCUCACGCCUCAAGCUUUCACAGAGGAGUGUGUGUGGAGCCGAAGCAGAUGAAGGAGUUCUUCUAACCAAAUACAAAAGCCACGCUGAUGCACACCUCUGAAUCACAGGACGAUGCACAGUCGUGGCAUGUUUGAGGGAAAUGUUUUAAUGCCUUUGUGUUGGAAUAAAGUAAUUUCAAUGUGUUUGUAUAAAUGAAUCCUAAUAUAUACCUACAUUGUGUAUAGUAUUCAGAAAAAUCACGCAGCAAAAAAGUAGCCGGACAUAAAGCGGAAGCAAACAUGGCUCGUUACGAUACAAAUAUCUCCUGUUCUCAGUCUUACGGUCUCAUUUGUACAUAUUCUAUGUAAUUAACAUCUAUUUGUUUGUUUUAUUGUCGUCAGCAUACAGUAAGUGAAACAGCACCUUCCUGGGAGUAAGAAUAUGUACAGUAUUUGUGAUCAUUUGUUUGUUUUUGGCCACAAAGCUCCUCCACCUCCUGUCUGUGUCCUUAGUUUGUUACAUGGUAAGUUAUUGCUUUGUGUUACCUAGCAACAGAACCAGCUGGCACUGUGUUUUUUUACAUGUGAAAUGAAGGAAGUUAGUUAGAAGGAAGAUAUGAUGUAUAUGUUUGUGGUCAUUGCUGAGUAAAAUGUCCAAAUACACUUUAUGUGGUGAAUACAGAGUAACAUCUGCAAUGGAGGGUACAGAUGUGGAGUCAGUUUGUCGCUUGUUGCACUCACAUAGUCAAAGUUCACACUCAUUCCUGGCCCAUAUAUCACACAAUGUGCUAAAUUCUUAUGUGUGUGUAUAUAACGUGUUUAUCAAGGAAACACUGAUAGUUGUUAUUGCUUGAGUGAAGGUGUAAAAAGUUAAAAAAAAAAAAAAAGAACAAAAAAAAGCGUUUCACUCUGUGUCUCUGCUCAGGGAUCUCAAGCAGUGGGCUAUUGCAGAAACUUGUUCACGGAGCGUUUACUAAAUUAAAAUUUAUUUUUGAAAGUUGUCGUAUUUGUAUAAAUUAUCAAGAUUUGUAGCCUUUUUCUCCUUUUUGUAAUAUACCAGAAAACAUGAACAAUGUGCCAGAAUAGACUUUUUUCUUCCCAAUGUUGCUUUUUUUCCACAAUAAAUUUAUGGUGUUCUGCUUU